GGAAAAACUUCGCUGCCGCCGCCAGAGAACUCUGUCGAUGACCCACCGGAGCUUCUGGUCGCCGCCGGAGCUGUUGCCGGGGCCGGUUCGAAAUCGAAACUGCUUCGUGUUGUUAUUCCGUGUUGCUAUGGUCAUUGCGAACGUGACUGGGAGCCGAGGUUUUGGUUGCCGUCAGUUCGGGAUGAGGCAGAAAGGACUCUAUGAGACGUUUGGAUUAUGGAAUUGCGUUUUGAGGAUAUGGGCGCAGAAGUUACGAAGAGCUUAUUUAAUUGUUGUUGUGAUGCUCUAUAGAAUUGUUAAUGGUGGGAAUGAAGGUGAAAAUCAUCCCACCGAAGCAGAUUUGCAACAAGUUCUUGCGGAUUUUGAUGAUUGA